AUGGGUAUCCUUGAAAAAAUCGCUGAGAUAGAGAGCGAGGUAUACAAUUCGAUUUGAUGCCAAAUUUAUCCGUUUUAGGCGCCAAUAUCAGUAAUAAUAAUGUGAAAAUUUUCUGUCGACUUCAGAUGGCGCGAACGCAGAAGAACAAGGCGACCGCUCAUCAUCUUGGAUUGUUAAAGGCUCGGCUGGCGAAGUUACGACGCGAGUUGAUCACGCCAAAAGGCGGAGGGGGAGUUCAAGGAGAGGGUUAGUGAAAGAUCCUACGAUAAAGGUGCUCUGCCCCUAGUGUGUAAUGGUGUGAAAUAUAUACGCUUACACCUACCGUGAUUGCGAUAACGUUUUCAUAGAAAAAAUGAAAAAAAAACGUGAAUUGAAGAAAGCUAAAUAGGUCAUUUUAUCCUUGGAGACCAAGGGGCAGUUGAUCGUGACAAAAUAUUCAGGGAAGGAAUCUGACUGGAGUAUUAUCGGGGUGAAGUUAACCAGGCUGUCAACCCCCAAGGUCUUCAAAUAGGGAAGGGAUCAUAGAUGACGUCAUAAUGCACUACACAUAAUGUCAUUUUCAUUGUCAGGAAGUCAAAUCUACAAGAAAUGGCAAUUUUCGGCGAUUACCCGGGAGAUUUCAGACUCUAAUCUGGAGACCAAGAGAAACACUUCAAAAACUUGAGUCUCCCACAUUAUCCGGGAGAGUUGACAGCACUGAGUUAACAACAAAAAAUGGGAGAGCCUCGUUAUUAAUUAGAAGUCUCCUUCAUCACUCUAACAAAAGGUACAACUUUGGCCUUGAGUCUAGGAUAGCUCUCAUGUGUGUAUUAAGAUGACGUCAAACUGAAUAAGAAAGCUGAUGAAAUUGCCUUACUGAUUCUGCAGGGUUUGAUGUUGCCAAAACUGGGGAUGCCAGAAUUGGUUUUGUGGGUAAGUCAGUUAAGAGUCAGUGAAUCAUACCUGAAUUCACAUCUCCAGCUAAGAAGAGGAGAGACCUGAGGUGGCAGUUAUUCAGAUAACUGGUUUCUUUUAUAGAUCUCGACUUGAUGUUGGAAUGCCAUUGGGUGAUGCUCACAAAGCGUUUUGUUUUCGAUGCAUUGUCCUCUUUUACUUAAAAUAUAAAAAUGGGUCAGUUGGUUAAUAGUCAAUCAAUAACAAAUGAAAGACUUGUCUUAAAGAACUGUACUGUGCAAUAUCCUAUUGUCUUGACCUCAUCCUUUGUUGAUAAUGAAAAAAGCUAUUAUUAUACAUCUUUUUCAUUCAUGCAUUCUUCUCUCUCUUUCUCCAACAUUGCAGGAUUUCCCUCUGUUGGCAAGUCAACUUUAUUGACCAACCUUGCGGGUGUGUAUUCUGAAGUUGCUGCCUAUGAGUUCACCACACUCACCACUGUACCAGGGGUGAUAAGGUACAAAGGGGCCAAAAUACAACUUCUUGACUUGCCGGGAAUUAUUGAAGGUGCUAAAGAUGGUAAAGGAAGAGGACGUCAAGUGAUUGCAGGUGAGCAAAUCAAGAGGCUUUUUCAAGAAAACUGAGGAAAAUUUUUAGAAUUUGUUAGCCCCCUCCCCCCCCCCCAAAAAAUAGGUAUAUUUUUUUUAUUGAUGUAUGGCUUUUAUGUUCCUUUACAUGCUUACACAUUCACACAUUCCUUAUCUAAACUGAACCUGUAAGACACUGUAGAAUUUAUAGCACAUUGUUGUAGUGUUUAGUUUACUACAUUUCUGAUGAAGUGAAGGGUUACACUAAUGUGAGAAAGCCAAUAUGUUGGUUGACAAAAAAGUACCUGUAAAUUUUUUUUCCCCUCCCUCCCUCCCUUCCCUCCCACCCGCCAGAUAUGUAGAUUAUGCCUGGUGCAAAAGUUUCCUUUGUCUAGGCUGUACACUACUUAAACUUUUUUUUAUUAUUUGAGUGUGAAGUUUAUUGUUUAAAUUUCAGUUGCAAGGACUUGCAGCUUAAUCUUCAUAGUACUCGAUGUCCUAAAACCUCUGGGACACAAACGACUCAUUGAACAUGAACUGGAAGGUUUUGGAAUAAGGUACAUGCUCAGCAUAACAUAAUCAAAAUUUAAACUACUUGUACUAUGAAUGUUUUAAACAUCAUCAUUUUCUUAACUACUGUAUUCUUCUAGGAAUUCUUUUCAUUGUACAUAAUAUAUUAUGAUUAGAAAGUUAGAUACCUGUAAAUUACAUGUAGCAAUAUUUUUUUGUUGUAUUGGCUAAUGCUCAGACUUUUUCUCAGAGAGAAAAAGGUGUUCCUGUGUCUUAUAAUAAGUCUGUUUUUUUUUUCUUGAUUCACAUGAAACUUUGUAGCAUUGAAUCAAUUGAUUUUUCUCUUAUCAGGCUCAAUAAAGAACCACCAAAUAUAACGUUCAGAAGGAAGGAAAAGGGUGGAAUAAAUCUUCAAACUACAGUAAGUGCGUGUAUGAUAAUGAGGAUUCAGUAUCUACCAGUAACUGAAAGGUUGUAAAUAUGGUAUUUUAUAAUGUCUUCAUGUCUUUAUAAAAAAAUACAGUGGAAAGUCUUGGAAGUGAUCAAUCCUCAGAAAGGCUGUUUUCACAUAUUAUUGGCAAUAAUUCUCCUCAGGGUGUUGGCCAGAUUGAUAUUAAUUGUAAAAAGUGUCCGAUUAUGAGGUUGUCUGUCACUGGAAGUUAGACUGCAAUAAUAUUAUUUGAAAGGGCUUCUGUUCAGUUUUAGCCCUCUCCCCCCAAACCUUCCUUAUCAGUUAUUUUAUGUUCGUAUAUUUUGCUCAGAUUUAAAGCGUGAUUUUACAAGUCAGAUAACUCUCCAAGUAUGUUUUUUAUGAUAAUUAGUGUAAGAUGGUCAUAUCCUGGGUCUUCCAUUGAUAUACAGUCGACUCCUGAUAACUCGAACCCUCGCUAACUCGAACCAAAAUCGAUUUCCCCUGGAUUUCUGUCAUACUUUCACUGUAAUUUUACCCUCGGUAACUCGAACCCUCGAUAACUCGAACUCCCGCUAACUCAAACCAAUUUUCGUUUCCCCUCAGGUCAUUUUCUGUAUAAUUUUACCGUCAGUAACUCGAACUAUGUUUUGAGCCCUUAAAAAGUCGGGAAAAAAGCCGUCUACUGGCGUCCGAAACAUUGAAUUUUGGAUUUCCUAUUAAUGUGUUGUAGGAGUAUAGUUUACUAAUGGAGGCUGAUGUUGAUUGUCACAGGCUAACGUGAAGCUUUACUUCUCAAAACAGUAAAACGCAUGCUCUAUUUAGGCUAUGUUUUGUUACGUUACGUUCUGAUGUAUAAUCUAAAAGUAUCUUCUAAUUUUCACUUGACAUUUCUACAAUUACCGUAUUUAUUCGACUAUAAGCCGAUCUCGGCUAUAAGCCGCCCAUUCAUUAUUACAAGACCCCAAACUUUUUCAAAAAACGAUUGUCAGACUCGGCAUUCUUCGUUUUCACGAGAACCAAAAAAAAAUACAUUUGAAACCGUCCAGAAAACAAAUGUUAUAAAAGACCCUACUAUAAGGUCGAGACCCAUUCAUUAUUACAAGACUGAAUUGUUAACUACGGGGAAAAACUAACAUUUUCGUUCACUUUUUCUAAAAAGCGCCUCCUUUUCACUCGAGAACUAGCAUUGAUUGUCAUAAAAUAAGGCUCAGACGAUAACACACAAGUUCAAACUGCUGUAUUUUCGAAAUGAAACAUGCUUCAGGGCUAUACAACCUAGAUGCAAUGGUGAUUUAUUAAUCUGAUGACAAAAACCAUCAAUACACGAGAUGCAAUGGUGAUUUAUUAUGCAAAAAGCUUCCCUCUUAGAAAACGCAUGCGAAUUAAUAACUAUUACCCGUAACUAACUAUUCAAUUGAAAAGCAAUGAAUCAUAACUCAGAUGAAUUAAUGUGAUCCAAAAAUGAAUUUAAAACUAACUGUGUUGUUAAGCGGCAUCACCAGUACCUAGACAUCCGUAGCGUCUAUCAAACAAUCUCGUGUUCGCAAUCGUUUAUUUCAAGUCAAGUUGUCAUCAUGCCCAAGGCUCGUCGCACGUGAUACAACCUCGCGCUUAAACUUAAAAUAGUCACCGAAGCAGAAGCUGUUGAAAAUAACUCUGAAAUCGCCAGAGAAUAUGGCAUUAGUGAGUCCAUGGUCCGUCGCUGGAGGAAAGAUCAAGCGAACCUUUUUAACGGCGAGAUUAAAUUGUCAGCGAAACGGAAGACGAUGGGAUGCUUCACGCCGAAGUAUCCGGAGCUCAAUCAAAGAAUACUAGAAUGGUUUACAGAGCAGAGAAGCCAAGGUAAGUUUUUUGUCGAGCAUUGAUUAACAGAAACAAGAUCACGAAAUAAAUCAAUCAGCUGAUUGCUGAGUUGAAUGUGUGACUCUCAAAACUAUCGUAGUAUUAUGUGACAACAUUGUGUAUGAAAGAUUCUCAUUGGCCAGUUUUCACAAAUGUCAAAACAAAUUCAACACGUGUCAAAUUUUUAACCUUUCGAUCGUUCCUUCUCACUUCGUUUUGCAUCAGGCAUAGCUGUUAGCCUGGUUUUGCAUAGGAAUAGCUGUUAGCGGAUCAAUGGUACGUCUAAAGGCAAAGGAAUUCAGCGAGGAUCCUGAGUUUAAAGCGUCCCUCGGCUGGAACCAGAAAUGGAAGCGCCGCCAUUCCGUCAGCCUUCGCACCAAAACAACACCCGCUCAGCAGAUUUGGAGCAGCAAACAGUCAAGUUCCAUCGAUUUGUAAUCACAUCCCGUCAGCGUCACGGUUAUUCCCUAUCAAGAAUCUUUAUCUUUUCUGUGAAAAUACGUUAAAUUUAACAAACGGCUCCUUUAGGAGCCACCACAUUCUUAAAAGUUAAUAACCAACGAUUGCAUAUUGUGUUUCUUUACUUUAGCUCGGCUUAUACGUAAAUACAUCUCGAUUUAGUAGAGUUUCCAUGCGCUGGAAAAAAUUUUUUUUCAAAACUUUCGGCUAUAAGCCGAGACCCCCUCUAGAGCCCAAAUUUUAAUUCACUUCAGUUUUAAUUUGUGUAAAAAUCGCUCGGCUUAUAGUCGAAUAAAUACGGUAAAUGUAAUUAAAAUGUUCAAUGUGCAGUAAAAACUGUUUUUUACCUUACUCUCGGCUAUUUUCUUCGAGCUCCCGAUAAAUCGAACGUUUUUCAAUUUCCCUUGAAGGUUCGAGUUAUCGGGAGUGGACUGUAUGUAGCUUACAACACGUGUAUGGUCUGGUUAUUGAGGGGAAGAUGUAAUCCGGGGAUAGUAUCUUCAUUGUGACAAGUAUUCACUGGUUUUUAUCACAGUGUAAUCAGUCAGAGCUGGACAUUGACUCAGUGCGGUCAAUUCUGAGUGAAUAUCGCAUUGCUAAUGCUGAUAUCACAUUGAGAUAUGAUGCUAAUGCAGAUGACCUCAUUGACGUUAUUGAAGGAAACAGGCAAGUCAGUUUAACUUUCUAAAUCUGAUAGAAAAUAUGAGGAAAAUAAUUUUGGCAGGACAAGCUUCUAAAAUCAUGAUUCUCUUACCUUUUUAGAGUUUGUAUACAGUCAACACUCUCAUAGCGACCACCUCUCGUAAGCAACCACCUCCCAUAAAUGACCACUUUGAAAAUAACCAUUUUGUUUCUCAGACAAAUACUGUAUCAAAAACUCUCUCGUAAGUGACCGCUACUUAAAUUGCUUCACAACUGCGACCACUUUUUAAACCAGACAUUUGACAUAUUCUGUUUCCCGUAAGUGUCCACCUAGCAUGAUCCAAGGGUGGUUGCUUACAAGAGAGUUGAUUGUAUAAAGCUUCUUAAACUUUGUCAAAUGUUUUGCAUUAAAAUGCGUUGAGAAUCAAGAUGAAUACUCAACAGAUUUUAAAAACAAAAAUAACUGUUAUUUUUAUCAAUCAUGUGAUUCAUGGUUCCAUUUUUGUAACAUUUUUUAACUAUUAAAAUGAUACAAACUAAAUUUUUGUUGUUUGUAGCCCUAACCUUUUCUUUUUGAUAGCUUUUGCAAUACUUUCUGCCAAAGCGCCAUCUAAAUAAUUGAUCAUUCCUUAACUCAAUGUUUUAUUCUAAAUCCUGACUGUAUAAGUUGUGAUCCAUUGCCAUACUGAAUGCUCCCUUCCCUCAUUCAGUGGACAAUAAUAACUUUUGUUCUUCAAUCUACUAAUUACUUGUUUGGACUUUUUGUCAUAGGGUUUACAUUCCAUGCAUCUACAUCCUAAACAAAAUUGAUCAAAUAUCUAUUGAAGAACUGGAUUUAGUUUACAAAAUUCCACAUGCAGUUCCACUGUCAGCCCAUCAUAAGUGGAACUUUGAUGACUUGUUGGAAAAGACCUGGGAAUACCUUAAUCUUCUCAGAAUGUAAGUGACACAUUUUUGAAACAGGAACGUUUAAAUUUGCUUUUAUGAAAUUUCCACUCCUAGAUAUGUGUUUGGUUGCACCUGUAUUAACUGGCCACCCUUGGGAAAGGGACCAGUGGACACUUAGUAAUACUAAUAUAAUUUUAAAGGUUGGCUUCUCAAUACAGGGUUCGUACAGAUUUUUGGAUCCAAAAUUCAACACUUUUUCUAGAAUUUUUUCCUAAACAAUAGAUUUUUUCCAGACUCAAGGUUAUCAAAUAGGUAAUCAAUAUAGACCUUGAAAAACACAGGAAGAAAGCUUUCUGCACGGUGCACUACAAAUAUACAGUCAAGACUGAAUAAGAUUUUACCAAAAGUAAAACAAAUUCACUUCUAACCUGUUGUAGCAUUAAAAAGGAAACUCAAGACUUUUUUAUAUUUCUCUCAGACUUUAUCAUUUCAUUUCAUUUCAUUUAUUGGUUUAUUCAGAUAUUUACAAUUUUAUUUUCUCACUGGGCACCUACAAAUAGCAAAGGCUAGUCUAUCCAUUUUCCAGACUUUUUCCAGGUCUGGAAAAACACUGGGCAAAUGUCAAUUUAUUUACUGUCAAUUUUUGUCAGCCAGUACUCUGAUAACUGCAUGCUGCAAAGUAAAGGUUGACUGCUUAAUAGAUGUUUGACAGUUGUUUAUUCUGAAAGAUUAAAUUCUCUCACUGAUGAUAUAAGAUUAAGCUUAUGAAUGAUGGACAUAUUAAAGAUGACAGCUUUUCAUGACACAUUUUUUACCAACGUGGUACAGUGUGGUAACAAAAACGGGAUUGAUAAAAAUACUUAGUCUUGUGUCACCAGUUAGCUUUAUUGCUCUAUGUUUUGCACUGUAAAUGAUUAUUUUGUUUUAGUUUUUGAUUUAGGUCUCUUACUAAACAAAGAAAGGGAUUAGAAAUUUUAUACUGUGUUUCUCAGCAAGACUUUCAACAUUUUGUUUUUAAGUACAAAAUCUUUCCUUCAUUACAGAUUAAGUACUUACAGCAUUUACGUGUUUUUUUCAGAUACACAAAACCAAAAGGUCAGCUACCAGAUUAUGAGUCACCAGUUGUACUGAAAAAUGGACAAUCAUCUAUUGAGGACUUUUGUAAUUCUCUUCAUAAGAGCAUCAUGAAGGAAUUUAAACAGUAAGAAUUUUGUUUAAUGCUUGUUCUUAAUAUAUAACUCCAUAUGCUGGGUUGAAUGGUCUGUUAUCAAAAGGAAGUAUUGUUGUUGAUUUAGCUUCUGAACAAGCAAUAGUUUCUUGACAUUGUGGGUGGGUGCGAUCACUAAUAAUUAUUAAUGAUGUACAAUAUUAUUGAACCUCCCAUAAGCGAAAGACUGAGUGGUCGCUUAUGGGAGGUGGUCGUUUACAAGAAUCAAACCACAGGGCGCCUCUUCUGAGAAGAGGCCCAGGCACAUCUACUUCAUGGAACAAUGUCUAAGUUACAACAUGUGUAGUUCCAUGUUGUCACUAAAGUUCUUCAUAUAUUCUAAGUAGCAUAGUGCACACAGCGAUCAGAGAAUGCGUCAAGCUCUACCUUUUUGGUUGUACAUGUAAUAUGAUUCUUUUAUCAAUAACUUUUGUUGCAGUGCACUAGUUUGGGGUUCAUCAGUGAAAUUCAGUCCACAGAAAGUUGGCAAAGAACAUUUCUUGCAAGAUGAGGAUGUUGUUCAGAUAGUUAAAAAGUAA